CCCCCGCGCGGUUAAUCAGCGGCGGGGCUGGCUCUUGCUCACUAGCUUGCUGUGCUGGGCCAACAGUAGCUCGCGAGGCAGUAGUGCAGCGGGAUGAGUGCAGACGCGGAUCCCGUGGUCAUCGUCUCGGCGGCGCGGACCGUCAUAGGUUCCUUCAAUGGUGCCUUAUCCACCGUUCCUGUCUGUGACCUGGGCUCAACUGUCAUCAGAGAGGUCCUGAAAAGGGCUGCUCUGGCUCCUGAAGAGGUAUCAGAGGUCAUAUUUGGACACGUUUUGGCAGCAGGCUGCGGGCAGAAUCCUGUUCGACAAGCCAGUGUGGGCGCAGGGAUCCCCUACUCUGUUCCGGCGUGGAGCUGCCAGAUGAUCUGUGGGUCAGGCCUAAAAGCCGUAUGCCUCGCAGCCCAGGCCAUAAGGGUGGGAGACUCCAGCAUUGUGGUCGCAGGAGGCAUGGAAAAUAUGAGCAAGGCUCCUCAUUUGGUUCACUUGAGGACAGGAGUCAGGAUGGGGGAAAAACCACUAACUGACAGUAUACUCUGUGAUGGGCUUACAGAUGCAUUUCACAACUAUCAUAUGGGCAUUACAGCUGAAAAUGUAGCCAAAAAAUGGCAAGUGAGCAGAGAAGAUCAGGACAAGGUUGCAGUUCUGUCCCAGAACAGGACAGAGAGUGCACAGAGAGCCGGUCAUUUUGACAAAGAGAUUGUAUCAGUUUUUGUGUCUUCUAAAAAAGGUCUUACUGAAGUUAAAACAGAUGAGUUUCCUCGCCAUGGGAGCAACAUAGAAGCCGUGUCUAAACUACAGCCUUGCUUCCUUACAGAUGGAACAGGAACAGUCACCCCAGCUAAUGCUUCAGGAAUAAAUGAUGGUGCUGCAGCUGUGGUUGUUAUGAAGAAGUCAGAAGCUGAUAAUCGUGGACUUACACCCCUAGCACAGAUUGUUUCCUGGUCACAGGCAGGUGUGGACCCUUCCAUUAUGGGAAUAGGACCAAUUCCAGCAAUAAAGCAAGCUGUUGCAAAAGCAGGUUGGUCACUGGAGGAUGUCGAUGUAUUUGAAAUCAAUGAAGCCUUUGCAGCCCUCUCUGUUGCUAUAGCUAAAGAACUUGGAUUAAACCCAGAGAAGGUCAACACUGAAGGAGGAGCUAUAGCCCUGGGCCACCCCCUGGGAGCGUCUGGCUGUCGGAUUCUUGUUACCCUGUUACACACAAUGGAGCGCAAGGGUGGACGUCGUGGUGUUGCUGCCCUGUGCAUUGGGGGUGGGAUGGGAAUAGCAAUGUGUGUUCAGAGAGGAUGAAAUUGCUUAACAAUUAAUGAGGCUUAAACUAAACUUGAACCUCAUUUCUUUUUGAACUAAUAAAAUACUAAGUUAUGGGAAAUCAGAGGACCAAAGUGAGGAUGGAAACUGUCUCCCACUUCACAAGAAACGCGAGACUUGACAGCUUGUUGCAUUUUAAUGUGUAAUACUCAAGGUACAAGAAAAUUGCAUCUAAUGUUAUAAAUAAAAGAUUGGAUCAGUCAUCAAGGGCUCCAGAGUGAACAGCA